UUCCUUCCUCAGCUUUAUAAUAGAUUCGAUUAUUUGUUAUUUCUCCAUCGAAGGUUUCUUCUUCCCUACGCUAUUCGAUUUAUCAAAUCCUUUACAUUCAUUCCCUUUUCUUUGGAUUUCGAUUUUGUUCUUCUGAUUCCUUUGGCAGAUUACUUUAUAUUUUCCUUUUUCGAUAAAACCCUUAUUUGGUGGAUUCAGAUUUUUCUCAAUUUCUCCGAAAUCUUCAUUCCAUUCAAAAAGACCCAAUUUGAUUUCGUGUUGUUUGAUCGAUUCGAUGAAGAAGAUAUGCGUGAUUUUCCUUGUACUAGUUUCCUUCUUCUCCUCCUCCGCGUGUUCCGACGAAACUUCCCUGUUGCCGAAGCCGUCGAUUCUCCAGUACCCGUCGGAACACAAGAAAGUCGACGGCGAGGAGGUCAAUUUAUACUGCACGAGCUGGAGAUUCGCGGCGGAGACCAACAAUCUCGCGCCGUGGAGCACGAUUCCGGCGGAGUGCGCGGAUUACGUGAAGGACUACGUGAUGGGUAGAGGUUACGCCACCGAUCUGGAGAGAGUCUCUGAAGAGGCUUCGAUCUUCGCGAGCAGCGUCGAGUUCUCCGGCGACGGCAAAGAUAUUUGGGUUUUCGACAUCGACGAGACUCUCUUGUCCAACCUUCCCUAUUACAUUGACCAUGCCUUCGGGCUUGAGCUUUUUGAUCACUCGGAGUUUGAUAAGUGGGUAGAGAGAGGAGUGGCACCACCCAUAGCACCAAGCUUGAAGCUUUACCAAAGAGUGAUUGAUUUGGGUUACAAGAUUUUCUUGCUUACAGGCAGGAAAGAGACCCACAGGCUUGUCACUGUUGAAAACCUCAUCAAUGCUGGUUUCCAGAACUGGGACAAGCUUAUUCUCAGAUCUCCAGAUGAACAGCACAAAAUGGCGACGCUGUACAAAUCUGAGAAGAGGGAUGAGAUGGUGAAAGAGGGAUAUAGGAUUAGAGGCAAUUCAGGUGAUCAGUGGAGUGAUUUGUUGGGUUCCUCCAUUUCUCAACGAUCUUUCAAACUCCCUAAUCCAAUGUAUUAUAUCCCCUGAAGAGUGAAGACAAGAGAGCACCGUGUAGAUACCAGAGAUAAUGAAAAUGUUGUUAUUUUGUUUGCCUCCCGCUUGUAAUUUGUCAGCUAUUAAAUGUACUAAUGACAGAAUGCUAUGUUUCAGAAACGCUUCUUUGGAUAAUAAUAAUAUGGUAUAGAGUUGACAUAAA